AUGUUGCCGCGGCUGAAGCUGUUCGCCGGCUUGAACGCGAGGGCAGCGUCUUCGAGGAGGCUGCUCCAUGCGAAGCAGUCAACGAGGCCCCGGAGGGCGAUCUUCUUAGAGCCGCCGGCCAUGUUGGAGACUGUCCACGAGGUUGCCGUUUACAUCCACAGGUUCCACAACCUGGAUCUCUUCCAGCAAGGGUAAUGCUUCUCGACGACGGGUUGUUUAGGAACUAGAAUAAAAAUCCGGACUUAUAGGGGGUAAAUUCUCUUGGGCAGAUGGUAUCAGAUAAGAGUAACUAUGAGGUGGGAGGACGACAGUAGAUGCUCACCUGCGACACCAGCGAGAGUGGUGCAAUAUGAAGGUAUGGUUUUAUUAUGUUAUGCUGGAUCGCAAGUCUCAUGCUACUAAUAUAAUGAAAAUGUAUGGAACUGAGGUCACUCACAUUUGUAGCAUGAUACAAGCUGUUGAGAUGAAAAUGACGACGCUACCUGUUACAAAUUUUGUAAGCGACGGAAUUUUUUGAAAAUGAAGACUUCGUGAAAGUUGGUGACUCCAGGUGGUUUGAUGCGAUAUCGUUUCUUGGUUUCUUGGUUUCUUGGCACACACGCACACAUCACUGUCGAAAACAACAAUUGCCACCAUUGGACAUGAUACUGGCUGUUGUUAAAAAUAAAAUAAUUUUUUUUUGAAAGAGGAUUCUUUUGAAGAUUCUCAUUUACGCUCUCUUGAAAGAAACUGUAUAUUAUUUGUAGUUCUCAUGAAGAAGCUAAUAGCAUUUAUGGGCACUGGACAUCUAUUGCAUUUGUGUUCCAUUUUUUGUGAAGUAUUCCUCAUAAUUUUAAAUUGCACUGGCCAUAUGUGACAUGCUGUAUGGUUGCAGUUCCUGGUUCACUGUCCGAUAGCAUCGCAGGAGUUUGGAGAAUUGAUGAUGCUGACCACAGUUUCUCCACACAGCCAUUCCGAAUCAAAUAUGCUAGGCAGGAUGUUUCUCUUUCCGUUAUGGUCUCUUUUAACCUAGUAGUUGAAAAGGAUGAGGUAGAGUUGCUCUCUUUUUGCCAUUGGCACAAGCCAACAUGCUUUUUUUUUCACAUGUGCUUAUCUGAUUAGGUAUUUUAAUGUUUCAUCACUUUGUUUUAUUUUUUGCGCAAUAGUUCUAUAUUUACUAUCGUUGAUAGAAUUUGAUUUUAAUGUUCGUUGUGGUUUCCGAAAUUUUCUCCUCAUAUGCCACAGACGUCAUUUUUCAUUAAAAGAUUCCAAGUUUUCAAUUUUCAGAUCCUAUCAACACCAGGAGUAAUACUGAGGUUUGACCUUAUGUACGCCUCAGCCUUAGAGAACGAGUAAGGGUCACUCAAACGUUCUUGUUUAUCAACACCAGGAGCUAAUUUUCUUCUGUUCCAAUUUGUAGCUCCUCUAAUUUCUAUACAAACGUUUUUCUUUAUUGCAGUUUUGAGAUGCCUGUGUCUAUUGAUUCUUCUCCUGCUGCGGUGCAUGAAUUCCGGAUACCCCCAAAGGCACUUUUGGGACUGCAUUCCUAUUGUCCAGUCCAUUUUGAUUCUUUCCAUGCAGUUCUUAUCGAUCUAAGUAUACACAUUGUCCUUCUGAAAGCUGUUAAUCACUCACCUCCACAGAAGGUACCAAGGUUUGUGUCAACUCUAGUUUUUUUCCUAGUGACAAAUUUCCACAUUUUGGUGAUGCUUUGCUUAUUGUAAUAUUAUAUAAUUUGGAGAGUUACAGCCCUUUUUAUGCUGGAGGAGGAGCUUCUGAUGGGCAGAUCGAUAGGCAGGACGAAGUAUGUGAUAUUGAGCUCUCUAGUUUAUAAACAUAUGCAAUAUCCCUCGGAGAUCUUCUGAUAAUUUGUUCCUUGAGUUAGGAUAGAGCAGUGUGGUCAUAUAAUGAUAUUUCAAGUCCAUUAGUGACCCAUUCUACUUCACAUUAAUUUUUUCUCUUAUGGUUAAUUUUGUUUGGGGCUGAAUUUUUUUUUGCAUCCUCAAGUACAAUUUCAAUUUUAAAAUUUCCUGUAAUUGUCCAAAGAUACAAUAAUUUAAAGUAAUGAUGUUUAUACUUUUGAGGAAUGAAAUGCAUUGUAUAUUCAUGGGAACAUGCUUAUUAAGACAAAAUGUUAAAAACAUGACAAUGCUGCAUGGGUUUAUGUCUUUCUAUCUAUGUAUAUACGAAUGUUUCUCCAUACGUGUGAUCUUCGCGUUAAAUAUACCCCAGAAAUGUGGAUUGGCCGAUUUGUUGGAGAACUGAAAGUCAUUCUAAGAAGGGUCGACUAAUUGAGAUUUAGUUCCUUGUGAACUUGUGAAACUAGAUCUAUGCUAAGGUAUGUUCAAAUAAGCUGGCGAUUGAGGUGUUGAAAGUCUGGCUGUUUUUGCUUAUUCUCCAUCGUGUUAUGUGGUGUAGCCAGAGUUAUACUGAAUAUCCAGACAUGAAUAAUUCCAAAAUGGAUCUAAAUUAGUGAAUUUGUAUGUAAAAUCGUAACAUGUGAAAAUGACUGAUUGAUUGUCUAGUAAACAAUUAAAAUUAUGCAGGAAGCAAAGUCUGAAAUUCCGUUAUUUGGAUGAAGGCAAUGUUGUAUCCCCCAAUGUAGCUUAUACGAAAUUUAGUAAUAGAAAACUUCGGUAGCUUAUGUUAAAAGCUUUUUAUAAUUCUCUAUUGCUUACUUCGCUUUAACCUAAGUAGUGACUAAAACAAUGUGUUUCUUAGGGUUUCAUGUUUACUUCUCUUUAUUGCUACAAUUUACGCCUUCAUCCAUCUGGCUUACACAUUGAAUCUGCCUUUCAAUCCCUAGGCGUGGAGUCAAUCAGUUCACAUGGGUUCAAGUGCAAUUGAUCUUGUCAAAUCACUAUUAAUUGCACACGGUAUUCUUCUUGAGGAACUCCAAAACAUCAGCGAGACACUUGGUCAAAAAAUUGAUGAUUUAACAGAUUCUCAGUUAGAUAUCAUCAGAAGUAAAAUGACUGAUGCUGAUGCUAAAAGCUUUGGGAUGAGGAUGAGUGGUGGAAAAUUGGCAGGUGGUGCACUAAAUAGUUUGGAGGUACUUGCCCCAUUUAUUCUUUUCUUGAUGUAUCUUAAAUGUUAUUCGAACUGCAAUUUAUUCAUUGGAUGCCUAUGCAGAGAUCAAAUGGUACUGUAGAUGUUGGAAAUGAUUUGAUGCUUCAUUCUAUGUCCAAUGAAGAGCUGCUUGAUGCUUUUAAUCGUGUGGGUAACCAACUUUCCUUUCUAUGGAACACAUUCCUGAAGUUUCAUAGGUAUGAACAAGCAUUCAUCUCUCCUUUAAUAUAUUUCUUGGCACUUUUCUUUCUAAUUCUCAUUUUUUCAUUCAUGUUUUUCUUCUAAGAAUUAUGGAACUAAUACGAAGUCUUCUAACUGCUCUAUUUGAGAGUUAAGUCAUAUUUUUAAUGGCAAGUACGGAUGCACUUCCUAUUGAUAUCCAUUGAGUUGGAUUCAAGAAAAAUUUAAUGACAAUCUGUCUCUUCCCCGUUAUCCCUUCCCCUGUAUACUGGUUUUGGUAUAUGCUAUUAUGGGGAGAGAUCUCUCGCACAUUAUUUGGUUCAUGCUCUUGGUAUCUGCAAACCUUAAUCGCCUCUUCCAUCUGAUUUCAUUUUCUAUCCUAAAUUGUUGCUGAUUUUCGUUAGCUUAACUUGAAAAAAAAAAAAUCCCUCAAAGGACAUCACAAGCCUCCGAUGGGUUAUGCCAGCUGUUUCUAAGCACAUGGUCUUAUUAACCGAUGAAAUACCUAUUGUUUGAUAUAUAAGAAAUUCUUCAUCACAUUUUAUAGAGAGACAAACCGGUUCAAUAGUAAAUAUUCCCCUUUUUAUCGAUUCUGCAAGAGAGAGAGGCUUUUGAAUCAACAUUACAUCUAGACGCAUCUCUCCUCUUUGAAAAUUUUGGACUGGAUUAAAUCCUAGUCCAAUCCAUAUGCUCCCUGCUACAUCCUUGAUGAGACCAUUAUCGCCAGCCCCAGAUUUAUGGGGAGAAGCUUUUGUGGAAGCGUCUUUAAUUUCUAUACUGCAUACCAGGUGAAAGCAAUGAGUGUGCCUUCACCUGGAAAUGAAAAAUCACAGGUGAAUGAUUUGCAUAUAGAAUACUAGUCAGAAACCUUGCCACAGCGAUCGCUCAAAUGUGCCAUUUUGGAGAAGCAUCAUCAAUUCUCUGACCUUUGGUCUCUUACUGGCUCCUAUAGCUUUCAACUUAUCGGUUCAAUAAUAUAACACGUAAUGGUCCAACUGGAACUCUUCUCUCUUUGGUAGUAUUUAGGUAUGUUCGACCAUAGAAUUGACGUAUAGAAAUUUGAUCGCCUUGAAAUCAUGCUGUGAUGUCUUAAUCGGUGCAACCUGAAGGAAUAUGUUGUGAAAUUCGUAGGACAGUGAUUGUCAUGAUGCAUCAUAUUGUAUUUAGAUGUUUUACGGAGCAUGUAAUUGUUUAAUGCGUGACGUUGUAAAUGGCUCAGAACUUGGUUGAAAAUAGCGAGAGAUAUAGCAAGACAUGUAACGUUGUACACCAUAGUUUUGAAAAAUUAUUAUCGAAUAAAAUAAGAGUCCAAGAAAACUAUGUUUUAUUUCAUAUGUGGUGAAGAACAUUCUCAAAAACAUGCCCUGAGAAAUGUUGAGGGAUGGGCCCUGUGCUUUCCCACUACUAUGAGGUUUAUCCAGUAGUAACUUGUGGUACUCAAAAUUUAAAAUUUCCAUUUUUUUCAAAAACAUGCUAAAUUUAUAAAUUGGAAUCAAUGUGGCAUUGCCUGAAUUCAUGUUUGACAUGGUACAAGCAUUCCUUGUGUAAAUCUGAAUAACAGCUAAAUUAAGCAUUCCUUAAUGUAUGACAAAGUUUUCCUUGUACCUUGAAAAAAGCCGGGUUCUGUCUUUCAAUUCUGAGAAUGGUCUAUUCUUCAUACACAGACACACACAAUUUGCACACACAAAAGGUUUACUUCAACCUCGGACGUGCAGCUUAGUUUUUUUUUUUUUCCUGCUACCAGCUCCUUGAGUAAUCAUAGUACAUCUUUAAUCUAUUGUCCAUACAACUUACUGGAUUGUAUAAAAAUUUACGCAUUUUAUGUUCCAGGAACAACAGAACCAAAAUUUUGGAGCAUCUUCGUGAAGUGUGGAGUGAUGAUAGAAAAGCAGAAUGGUCAAUAUGGAUGAUUCACUCAAUUAUGGAAGUUCCACAUCGAUAUUUGAGGAGUGGAGCUGAUGAAUCCUCUCAUCAGAGUGUGUUGGGAAAAGUUUCGAUGCCACGAAAAUUGAGUGAUGAUGUAAUUUUCUGCUCACACGCAAUCUUUACGAAUAAACUGAAUAUUUUACAAAAAAUGCAGUUUACUAAUGUGCAUUAUUUUGCGAAGCAUUGUGAUUAUGGCUAUGUUUCCAAUAUUUCCUCCUUUGUUUUUUUGUGAUGUAGCCAGCACAAACAGCAAUCACUCGCGCUGAGCUUCAUCGGAAGAGUAUUUCACAAAUGAAGGUGAGUCAUUUCUGAGAGAAAUGUUUUCUGCCACGGUCUGUUUUUAGUCUUGAAAAUAGUUAUCAGAAAGAAAUUGGUUCUCUGCAGAUUAACAACUGCGCAAUUCAAGACAUGUAUAUUUUUGGUGAUCCGUCACGUGUUCCUAUUAUUCUUGUUGAACGGCAUGUUAUGGAUUUGCGUAUGCAUGCUUCUGGUCGUGCCUCAUUCUCAGGCUCUCUUGAGAAAAAGGCUACAUCUGCAACGGGAACUGGAGACAAAGCCUUGAUGAAACUGUUUGUUGGUGGGGCUCAAAGAAAUAGUCGUACAUUAAGAAUCGUAGUUUUUGUGCACGGAUUCCAGGUACGUCCAUUUAAUCUUUUUUUCGAAGCUCAUUGCAUUUUACUGUGUCAUUAUUCGUCUUAAAAUGUCACAAAUUCAAAUUUCAAUAUUCUUUCAGGAUGGAAAAACCAUACUCGCUCUUGUUUGAAUUCUAAAUGACCCGAAGUACUUAUUUUUCCUACUGACUAUAUAAUUGUUCAAUUAUUGAAGAAGAUAGAGAAAUGAUGUUUGAGGAAUUUGUCUACUGUGGACCAUUCUAUCCUGUGGUGGUUUCAUGUCUACAGUCAUUAAUCACAGCUUUUCCAAGUUUGUAUUUUAUUACAUAUAUGCUUACAGCUUCACAUAUUCAUCUAGUGAUCUUUCAAACUUUUGCUCCCAUCUGUGCUUCUGAACUUUCUGUAACUGUUGUCCAGUAUCAUAGUCAUGUUGAACUUGUACAAUUAGAUUCAUGUGUUUCUGUUGCAUGUUCUUUGCUGUGUUGAAUCCGUUAAAAAGUCUAGAUUGACUCCAUGUUUGUGGCAUGAGGCUUAUGGCCACCUGAUCAAUUACCAGUGGAAAUAAUGCAUCAUUGGCAUCAAAGCUGUCAACAAAUCGACACACAAAGAUGCUUUUCUGACUAGUAAUAAUGGAAGUAAUAACACCAGGUUCGGUUGCCUAUACUAUUUCUGAGUCGUUCUAUUGAGAACACUAUUUCCAGGGAUGCAAUUGUGUAUACUCUCUCCUUGAUUAAGUGUUCAACGCACCCCUCAAGUUGUAGUGUCCUUGCAUUCUAUCAGUGAACUGUGUGAGACAGAGAGAGAAGCUAGUACAACAAUACAAGGGAAGUUGAUGAUACUGAGCAAGUUUAUCUUAGUUGAACCAGAAGAUGGCCCUCCUCACUUGUAUUUGAAGUUGCCUCUUGUAAUAGUGGAUAAUGGUUACUGUAAAAAUAUGCUCCAGCUGAUUGGGAGAUCGCCUCUUAUCUGCCAUUCUUGACAGAAAAUUCAUGCAGUUUGGUUUGAUGGUCCAAGUGAGUGAUGUAUAAUGGCUGUCCUAUUCAUUUACCUCUGCCAUAGCCGUUUAUCAUCCAUUCUUUACAAAAAUUUGUGGCAGAUUCUUGUGGAAUAGCCUUUUUAAUACAUGAAGAACUCAGCUAUGUUCCAAGUUGACAAUGGAAGAUGAGUGAUAUUUUUAGAUGCAUUGCUUUCAGACAGUCACCUGGCGACCAAGUGUCAUGUACAUUAAGGAUUGGAGUAGGAGCUCACAGUGGGCCAUUUGAUUCAGAAAAAUCUUGAUGGAAGAACUGGAAUCGUACAAGAUGCUCUGAGUUGUCGCCAUGAAUAGAUCAUAGAAAAAUGUCCGAAUGCGACCCUCUAAGUGUAAUCCUUGAAGAAAAUAUCUAAUAAUAUGGAUAUUGAGUUAAGAACCGGAAGAGUGGACGGAUGGAAAGGCUCAACACUAAAGUCUACUUCAUCAUGUAGAAAGACUCUGAUAAAUGCCAACGUGUAUGUGAUCAUCUAAGAAAAUUUCAUUUGUUAAUUAAUUUAAUCCGAGUCAAUCACAUAUUUGUAGAUCUUUGUGUUGUUGAUACAACUUGGACGCUGAUGGCUGGAGGUAUCAAUAUUUGGUGUCUGGAGUACAAUAUAUUGGUAACAUGAUGGUGGGGUCCAGGAUACAUCUAUGAAAAGAAAAACAUGUUGGAUGAUGAUCUUUAUGACAAGUAGUUUGGGAAUAUUUAGGCUCUAAGUUAUUCCUCACUUUUUUAUAUAGUGAUCGAAUUUGUUUCAAAUAGGGUGGCCAUUAAUAUUGGAUAUUCUCCAGAAGGCAGAUUGUGUUCUCAACUAGAAAACUGGAGUGGGUUUCUUUGUUGAGGUCCGGGCCAAGUGAACCAGUGCUGGUUCUUUUGCACGACCUACUUGGAAAUGUUGUCGCCACAUAUCUUUGAAAAUUUUCUCGUACUUCACUGAAUUGAAGUGGUGUUCACUGCCUUCCAAGAAAUAGAGUGUUUACUUUGCAUUAUUGGAGAACUUAAAUGUUUACGAUAAAAUAGUGUUACAGGAUAAAUAUGCACGUUUUAUUAUAUUACGGGAUCGUGUGGAAGUUAGAUUUCUUAGAAACUACGUUUUGAAUAGAAACAAAUAGACUAUCCUCAUAUUUUACCCAUAAAAGAAAUUCCACAAAAUUUAUCUUUUGAAAAUACUUUUCCCUUGACAGUGGGCAAGGUCCUAUGCCCAUAAGUGGCAAGGUCCCUUGGAUAUUGUUAGAUUAUUGGCCCGUCCAACCCAAAACCAAUUGGCCAUGAGCGAAGGCCCAUGUUUGCAAACCCACAGGGUAUUUGUUUUCCUAGCAUAGGAUUAUCAUACCGAACUUAUUUAUUUAUUAUCCUAAUGCGAGCUUUGCUAAUGUCUUGGUUGUACAUUUCCACCUUCAUUAUAUACUUCCUUUUUUCCACUACCCACUUCCCUUAAGAACUUUUGUUGCUGCUGAUUUGCGAUCAGUAAAUUGAUUGAGCUGAACAAUUCUUGUUCUUACAUGAGAUUCAUCUGAGAAGGUAAACUGUUUCAUUUCUGCAGUGUAAUGCAAUGCUGACUACUGCUUUUCAUAUCUUAUCAUUUGCUUCCUUUUUAUAGGGGCAUCAUCUAGAUUUGAGAUUGGUUCGCAAUCAGUGGCUUUUAAUCGAUCCUGGAGCUGAAUGCCUCAUGUCAGAGGCAAAUGAGGAGAAAACUUCUGGAGACUUCAGAGAAAUGGGCAGCAGGUUGUCUGAAGAAGUCAACGCUUUCAUUAGAAAGAAAAUUGAUAAAUAUUCCAGAACGGGAGGUUGUAAAGGGAUCAAACUAAGCUUUGUUGGUCAUUCGAUUGGAAACAUUAUCAUAAGAAGUGCCUUAACCGGUAAUUACAUGACGAUCCUACCUUCUUAUUAAUUUCAUAUCUCAUCCUGAAAAGAACGUCCUGCAUCUCAGAGAGCGCGAUGGAACCUUUUCUGGGGCACCUUCACACUUACAUGUCCCUGUCUGGACCACACUUGGGGUAUUGGUAUAGUUCAAACUCUUUAUUCAACUCUGGUCUGUGGCUUCUGAAGAAAUUAAAGGGAGCCCAGUGCAUCCAUCAACUCACUUUCACCGAUGAUCCAGACCUCCAGAACACUUUCUUUUACAAGCUCUGCAAGGUACAAAACCCAUAUAAUUUUUUUGCAUUCAAAUGCGUUACCAUUCGAUCAUUAUGCUUCUAAUCGGUGUUUCUGAUACGGUAAGAUUUCUUGGAACAGCCUGUAAAUAGUAAAAGGGUUUGGAUCAUUAUAUUUAGGGAAUGUUUUGCCUUGAGGAUGACCACACUGAUGCUCAAUGAGAUAAUCCCUUGGCGACUUCUCUAAUGUCUGAAUUUCUGUCUCCUUGUGAUUUUCAGAGGAAGACGCUGCAGAACUUCGACAACAUAGUACUGCUGUCAUCACCACAGGUAUACAUCAUUUGGUUUGCCACGACCGGAUGCAUAUAUAAAUUUUCAUUUAUCUAUUUUUUAAUAUUUAUGUCUCUUAAAUAAGGGACACCCAUUUAAUAUUUAUGAUGUUUUGUGCCGGCACUUCACUUAUUUCUAUUCCAUUAUUCGAAUUUUCCCUUGUUUAAUUGCCCUUUUACCCACUUAAUCUACUUGUCUCUCUCGGCUGCAGAUUUGACAUAGCGUCAUCCUUAUGAAAUCGAAGAUUAUGACAAUUUAGUGACGCAGCAUUGACCUCUUUGUACAGGAUGGUUAUGUUCCCUACCAUUCAGCAAGAAUCGAGCUGUGCCAGGCGUCCUCGUGGGACAACUCGAAGAAGGCGUUGGUCUUUCUCGAAAUGCUCAAUAACUGCUUGGAUCAGAUCAGGACUCCCUCUUCCGAAAGGCGCACGUUCAUGCGCUGUGACAUCAACUUUGACUCAUCUUCACAGGGUAGGAACUUGAACACCAUCAUCGGCCGAGCAGCGCACAUCGAGUUCCUCGAGACCGACGUCUUCGCCAGAUUCAUAAUGUGGUCUUUCCCCGACCUGUUCCGCUGA